AUGACAAGCCAUUUAAAUCCAGUAGUAACGGUAUCUCCGAUUAAGUAUCCUAUAUUGUCGUUAGAACCGCAAGAACAAUAUCGAAAUUCAUACUUUGGUGGGUUAUGCAAUAAGACGACUAAGCAAUCAAAAGAUUCAAUAUUGAAAAAGUUGCCGUCAAAUUUGGUAUCAGAAGUAUUCCAGCAUGUUGACCAGUUCGAUUUGGUUAACCUACUGCUAACAUGUAUGGAGUUUUACAGUAUUGCUGUUGAAAGGUUAUACAAAAGGGUAACAAUCAUUUUGAAUGCCGAAUACCCUGUCAGGUACAACAAAAAUUCACAAUUAUUCAUAGAGGAAAACGGAAUAAAGUAUAUGGACUCUGCAUUGAUCGUAUCCAUUGAAAAAUUGCUAACGUUCAUAAGAGUGCUUCAUAUGAACCCCUACCUCAUUCAGAAAGUCAAAUUCUUCGUUUUCGAUAAAUGCUACUCUGGCAAUUUAUUGAAACAGGGACAAGACUUAAGUCUUAUACAAUCGGAGAUAAUUGAAUUUUUUGGAAAGAAUUCGUAUGAAAUGAACUUCUUACAUAUUACUUUCGUGGAUUUCGUUACAGGCAUAGAGAAAUUGACUAAAUUCUUAGGUCAUGAAAACAUCAGAAAUAAAAUCUUCAAAUUGUUCGUGACAAGUUGUAAGGACUUAUAUAUGCCGAUAGUACCGCAAGGAUUAACAAAUUUGUUUCUUAUGUUAGAUGAGAUUGAAUUAAUGUCUAUUGACAAAUUUAAUCUAUUAAAUACUCCUUAUGAUGUUUUCAAUUCCUUAUUCACAUUAACCUGCAGUACGAAUAAUCAAUUUGGUUUAGAGAUAUUAAGAAAAAUCAGUUUAGUCAACAAUGAUGACGAAGAUUCGAAAUUAAAGUUGAAGGGAUUAACUGUUUUUCAUUGCCAUAACGAAAGUAUAACGUCAGAUGAAAAUGACAUAUUUAACUCGAUUAGUAAUAAUCAUAAGCAUGAUUUAGAAUACCAAAAUUACGUUAAAGAUAUGGAAAAGAGCCUACAGUUUAAGGUAAUAUCGGAUAAGAUUGAUUUGACCUAUUUAACCCACUUGUACCUAAAGAUAGACUGCAUCGAACGUAGGAAUUAUAAUUGUAAUUGCUUUUCGAAGUUCUUCAAAGAUUUGGCAGCUUAUCUGGUUUCAAGAAGGGGAUUACCAAACUUGAUUAGCUUUGAAUUAGAGUUGUUUCCAAAUCUAGAAUGGCUAAGACCUCAUCAAAUCUUAGAGAAUAUCUUGACACCAUUAGGGGGGUUUGUUAAGACUUUGAGUAAUUUAUCUAGAUUGACCAUAGACUUUUCUACCCCUGGAUUUAAAAUGUUUGACAGUAGUAUGGGUAUGUCAAGUUUGGUAUUAAAUAAACUAAAUGAAAGAUUAAUGGAAGCAUUUUUCCUUUGUUUUUUUACGUCCAACCACCUGAGAAUAAUUUCUAAUUUGAAAACUUUACAAUUACCUGACUUCUUAACAUCUUUUAUUUACUAUAAACCGGCAUUUUAUGAAUCAUUGUUGCAUACAUGUCAAUGUUGGGGCUGUUCAUUAGUGUUGGAUAAAUUAAGUGAUUUAUUUUUCCCGUUGAAUGAAGAUGAGGAAAUUCAAGAAAUGAACGAUGAAGCUACUUUCUAUAUUUUGAUUGGCUUCAUUUUAGGUAAACUCCAAGCUGACAGAGAAGUGUGUAUUCCUAUAAAACAGACAACGUUUAAUUAUAAAAAUUAUCCGAUUUAUAAAGGUCAACCACAUACAUUACAUAACCACUUCCAUCGCGGAGAAGCCAAUUGCAGAUGUAAUGUAAAGGAAGAUCUCAAUGGAGAAAGUAAGUUGAAUAUUGACAAUUUAGUGACAACAUAUAUUGUUCAUCAAUUAAAGCCGAUCUUGCAAUAUUUAUCUAUGAUAUUCUUUAAAUUGGAUAAUUUAAUGAUUCAUGGAAUCUAUUAUGAAUUCAACCAUAAGGCACGUAGGUUAAAACCAAUAUUUGAUGAUGAAGAAUAUCCUCCUGAGUUCUUGCAAGAGAAGUCAAAAGAGAUUCAAAGUGGGAUAACACCAGAUUUACCGUUCGGAUAUUUCAAGAAGGGAUGA